CUCCCCUCCCGCCCCUCUCCUCUCCUCUGUCAGGGUCUUUAAAUAGCUCAGUGGCGGUGGAGAGUGAAAACAUGGCUUCUGUGAGCGCUGGGCAACACAACCGUGAGACGUGACCGUUAGCCGUGUCAGGCCUGCCAGUCGGUGAGUUGACCUGCAACCCGUGGGACAAUUUUUGGCGGACCGCACGCGCCUGUUCUCCGGGACAGAUAAGACAGUGAUGGUGGCAGGGCCAUUUAGGUGAAAUGGCCUUUAUGUCCAGAUUCUCCCGGAGUAGUUCCAGGUCUCCAAAUCGUAAGGAGUCAGAUCGCAGUUCUCCAGUUCUUACAGUGUUUGAGUUGGAGCGGCUGUUGUACACUGGAAAAACUGCAUGCAACCAUGCAGAUGAAGUGUGGCCGAGGCUAUACCUGGGGGACCAGGACAUAGCUGCGGAUCGUCGAGAGUUGACCAAGAUGGGGAUUACACACAUUUUAAACUGUGCUCACAGUAAAUGGAGAGGAGGUGCAGAGUACUAUGAAGGAAUGAAUAUCACCUAUCAUGGAAUUGAAGCGCAUGACUCUCCCACAUUUGACAUGAGUGUGAAUUUCUACCCAGCAGCAGACUUCAUCCACAAAGCGUUGUCCAAUGGAGGAUGCAUCUUAGUGCACUGUGCUGUUGGAGUCAGUAGAUCAGCUACCCUGGUCCUGGCAUAUCUCAUGAUUCGUCAAGACAUGACACUGGUGGAAGCCAUUAAAACUGUGAAAGACCACCGUGGCAUCAUCCCCAACCGUGGCUUCCUACGGCAGCUGUCAGGAUUGGAUUCAGUCCUAAAAGCCAGUCGAAAGACAUGACUGAUUCGAGUGGAGGCAAGAGUACACUGCAAACAAUAUUACUUGAUAUAUGGCAAAUCUGUAAUUUUAUUUUUUAAGCAGAAAAUUUCUUACCAAUUAUCUUGCUAAAAAAGAUGUUCCUCUUUGUGAAAUAUAAUUCAGUUUUUAAAAAAGUGUACACUCUAAAAGAAUUCGGACUACUCAUUUUGAUGUGUAUAAGAACCCAACAGUUUAAGUCAAAGGGCUGACUUUGGCAAUGGUCUUGCCACUAGUCAAACAUGAGUAUAACUCAGGCAUCAGAGACAGAUGCUGAUUUUAAUAUUUAAUGCUUACAAUAGUCUCUUUUUUCCAAUUGUAGAAAAAGGCAAAAAAUAUAAAAUGAGUAAAUCAAGUCCAAGAUUAUCACAGUGUUUAUUGACUGGGGGACAUGCUAAGAGCUAUGGUCUUUAUUACUUUAUUUGUGCUUUCAUUUCCAAUGCAUUGGUUUCUUGGCCAACACCUAGUUUUCUGAUCUAUCACUUAGUGUGCACAUUUAUGUAAUAUUUUUUAAAAAUGAUGUCAAGACUUAAUUCUCUAAUACACCAGGUAAGAUGAUCUCAGUUUUAUUAUUUAACCAUUUAACUGGGUAGAACGGCAUUUUCUGAAUAGAAUUCCUUUUUUUCAAGUGACACCUGUGUUAACUGCCACUUUAAAACUACACUUGCUGUCCUCACACGGAUUUCUUUAGAAUGUGAUGUGCAUUCUAAACAUCACAACCUUUGAAAUAUAAUGGCAAAUUAAACUGAUCCACUCUUUAUGCAAUUUUAAAGUUGAUUUAUGUCAUUUUAAAAAUAAUGACUAAUACAGACAUUUUAUUUUCCAGAUUGUACAACAAAAUCAAAACCUAAUACUAUUUGUUAAUUCUUUACCCAUCCUUAUCCUAAAUAUUUUAGCUAAAUUAACUAAAGUACUCUAUGAAGGUAUCUCAGCAGGAAAGGUGCUAUAUAAGUAUAUUUUUGUAACAUGGUCUAAAUUUUGUGGCCUUCAUUUUAUUUAUUUAAAAUUCACGUUCCCUAAGCACUUUAUAUAAUACAGGAUAAAACUGUGCAUUAGUAACUGCCGGAAAUGCAUUUCAAGCAACAUCCCAGUUCUCAUAUCCCAUUUGUGAGAAAGGAACACAGGUGGGAAUAGUGACUUGCUCAUGAUAAACAAUGAGUUAGUGGCUGAGCUGGAACUAGAACUGUAAUUUUCCUGAUUUUAAAAUAGAUGAACAGAAGAUAAUGAAUCCUUAUCUGAAGAUCAUACACACCUAAGAUGUUUUGGUUCAUUUGUCUUAGAUGGUAAAGUUUGUGAGCUGCUGUUUUGUAAUGGAAAAAGCAAUGUUACUUAAUUUCUUUUGACAAAAGAUAACACUAUAUCAAGUUAAUAUUUUUUGUGGUGAACAGGCUUUUGCUUCAGAGAAGGAAACAAAACCUUUGGUAAUGUAGAUCAGUCCAAUGUUACUACAAGAUGUAGUAGAUAGCAUUAGCAACUUGUGUCCUGUUGAUGUGUACCUAGUUAGAGAAGAGUUGUUUUUCCUAUUACUGUGAACUGAUUGUUCCAAAGGUAAAUCACCAUGCUUAUCCAGUAACAACUGAGCUAAAAAGAAUUACAGGGGAAAAUAUUGAUGUAUUUUUUGUGAAUGAUAAAGAUCGCUGAUGUUUCUUUCUGACUUAAAGGCUGAUGAAUAGGAUUACUUUUGCUAUGUGUAUAUAGCCUAUUCAUCUUAGUGAAAUAUUCAGUUAUCACGUGAAACAUGCUUACUGGAUGCCAUACUUAAAAAAAGGAUAUGUUAGAUAGGUGUCAUAUUAUCAAUCUAUCCAUCUCUCAAUCUAUCUAUGACUAUUACUUUUCCUUUACACUUUCCUUUGUGUUCAUUAGCAAAUGCUUAGGCACAUAAUUAUUUACUUUAUAAUCAAAAUCAAAAAGCUAAACAUUCAAAGACUUUUAAACGAUAGCUGGCUGGAUCAGGUUAGAAAAGGUAACCACAUAUUUUUUGUCACACUGUUCUCAAUCCCACUCAGGAUUAUAAAGAGCUUACUAACAGAUGCUGAUGCCAGUCAACUGACAGAUAUGUGUAGAAGACAUCUGUUUAUUUAACUGCUUUUGCAAGAAUAAUAUUCUAAGUAGGCAUGCUAGUCUGAGAAAAAGCUCUGAAAUGUGCAGAAAACAUUAUAAUGAAAUGAUGUGUGUUUAGGCUUGGAAUAAAUACAGUGAUUUGAAGAAGAAAAAACAAACAAACAAUAUAGCCUUCUUACACUACGAUGUUUGUUGAGUCCAGCAGCCAAAGUUCAGAAAUUUGGUUUAGAGCUUCAGUUAGGAUCUCAGUAAUGUGUACCAACAAGUACUCCCUUUUCUCCGGACUUGGUUGGAAAGAGGUAAAUGAUAAAUAUGUGGCCAUAUUAUCAAAUAAUUUUACAUAACAAAUGUCAAAGUCCAUUUUAACUGUCUCAAAAAAGUGAGGUGCGAGGGCAGGUUUCUAGUACAAAAUAUAACUAUUUCAUGAUGCUGCCAUUUUGAAAUUGAUCCAUAGAUGUAGCAUAUAUACUAGUAUACACUGUGGUUAAAUUACUAAGAAUGAGUAGUGCCCUUAAUACAUGACCAAACUGACACACUGGCUUGUCACUAACAUGUGAAGGGGCUUCCAUGAGACCUUCAUACAUUGAUUCUGUGUUAAACUGUAUUUGACUUUCUAGACUUUGUCAAAGUCUAAAUAAUCUAAUUUUAAACAAUGAUACAUUUUGUAGAAAAUCUGUGUUUAUGUAAAACAUUGUGCAUUGUCCUUUUACAAAAAUGAAAGAAAAACAUCUGGUAUAAAACCUUUGAGCAAAUCCAACCAUCCUUUUAUUUUCUAAACCUAAAAUGCUGCUUAGGCAUUCAAGGAUACUAAAGAUGGUUCAACAGGUUUUCAUUUCCAGUGGAAGUGGGUGAGAGGUGAACACCUGCUAUCAAAUCUAUUUGAGUAUAAGAGUGUGUGUUAUUUGUUAAAAAAAUAUUUCAGUAUGAAAAGUAUAUACAAAUACUGUACAUUAUAUCAAUAUCUACCGAGUUUUUAAUUAUACUGUGAUAUGGAUUCUUGACCAUUCUGCCCACUCCUAAAAUUUCCAGUAGUACUGUACUUUUGGUAACAUGGCACGUAAAUUGAGUUCAGGGUGAUUACACUGCCUUAGUCAUAAUUAAAUGAAGGAGAGUUAUAGUCUGUGAGAUAAUAUGUUAAAGAGUUGAUAAUUCAUUGGACAAUGCCAGAGAUGUCAUAGAUGAAUGAAUGGCUCUUACACCAUUCACUCUGUUGAGGUGACUCUUUUUAAUGAGUGACUUUGAUGCAAUGCUGGAUACAACAUACUGAGAGCAACAGACUGCCACUUUUUUGGUGUCAGAGAUUAUAUCUGUCUUAGUAUUUAUUCAUGAUGUAUGUUAAACAUUAAUCAUAAGUAUUUAAAGCUUUGUUACAUCAUUAAACAUAAAUAAUUUUCAAGUUUAAAUCUACGUGCCGGGCUGUCACUGACAACAUAUAAAAGGCAAUGCAUUUUAAUCACUGCCAUGGAGGGAGGUUCAUUACAGGCACCUCAUCCUCUUCAUUUCCAAUCUGUUUGCUACAUUAGCUUUUCUCAUUUUUGUAGUUCUUAAUAAUACUUGAAUUAUUUUUAUUCGCCCAUUGUGUAAUUUUUAUAUCACAAAGCCUAGUACCUACUGCCUUAUAUAUAUUUUCCUAUCAGUCAAAAUGGUUUUAAAUGAAUUCACCCUGUUUCUCUUUUAUUACAAAGUAUUUGUUACCUAAUGCAUAAAUCUUUAUUAUUGGUUUUUAUAAAUUUGAGUCAUGUACUGUUUAAUGAUGUAUUUAAUAAAAGUGUAUAU